CCCAGUUCGCGUCCAGCGCACGCCGCAUUACGGCGCCUACCGUAUUAUCAUCCCCAAAAGCCGUCUCCUUCAUUCCAUUUCCUUUUCGUCCCUUCUUGUCGUUCCCAACCUCACCCUCCCUCUCAUCCGUCUUUCUCCGCCCGAUGGCUUCGGCAACCCCUAACCCGUCUUCCUCUUCUCCUUCUCCGCCACCUUCCCCCCGGAAGCGGUAUCGAUCUCCAUCCUGGAGCCCCAGCCCCCGGAGUCACCACAAUGGGGACGACCGCGACGGCGGCAAGCGGCGGCGGACCGACCUCACUGUCGAGGUCUGCAAGGACUUCAUCCGCCAUAUCUGCCGGCGAUCCCAGAUCGACUGCAAGUUCGCUCACCCCCACUCCACCGUCUCCGUCGAGCGGGAUAAGGUGACGGCGUGCGCGGAUUCGCUUCGGAAUCACUGCUUCCGCGGGAGGACUUGCCGCUAUUACCAUCCUCCUCCUCAUAUCCAAGAGUCGCUCCUGAAAGCAAUCGGCAUACAAGAUCCUAGAGUGGAGACGGUUUGUAGGGAUUUCAUGCGGGGUCGAUGUUUAAGAGCUGCAAAGGAAUGCCGCUUUGCUCACCAUAUGUCAAUCGACCAAUGUGCUAUAGUUUGCCAAGACUUUUUACGUGGAAAGUGCGAACGCAAAUCUUGUAGGUACUCUCAUGUUCAAGCCCAUGCGACGGCUCAGGUUCAUGUGCAACAACAUGGAGCUGCUAUGAAGCCUUCUAGUUCUCCUCCUCGAACUGGAAAUGAAGGAAUGCAUCCUGUUGUGACAGUGUCAGUGAGAUCGGCAGCAACUUACACCCUUGCUCUAUGCUUCCUCCCCUUCCUCAUGAACUCUUGCCCACAUUGCACUGCAGAAUCGCACUUGAUGAGAUGUGAAUGAGCCUAGAGGUGGUCAGACUUGAUAAAAAGAAUGAAAAUGGAAAUUACAAGGAGAAAAAAUUUCAUAGGGGCCAAGGAGAGCAUCAAGGAGGUGAUGGAAAAAGCCACAUAAGAUCUAAAUUUCUAUGUGUGUCAUGGUUUCAACAAGGCUCACUACCAUCAAUGGAAAAUUUGUGCAUAUUAAAAAAUAGCUCUGGCAAUUGUUAUUUUUGCUAUGGCAAUAUCACUUGCCUUUUGCAAGACCUUUUGUCUAAAAAUAAUGAGUUUGUGACAAUGACUUUAGGAUUAUGUAAUAAUGGAUACAGAAUAAAGAAAUUAAGACACUUUAGACAUGACAGAAUUAACUUAUUGGUGUAUACCUAACCAAUAGAAUAUUAGAAGGUCCUUGUAUCCCUACCCUUGUGUAAUAACAAUCAAUUUUCUCUUUGAAACUGAAAUACUUUGUGAAUAGAUCACCAAGCAUGCAUAGGAAAAUAACAAGCAGUGAAUAAAUUCACAUGUGAAUUAGUUUAGAUGAUUUUCUUGAAGAUAUGUUAAGGGGUUGCAUGAUAUCAAGUCAUAUGGUUGCCAAUGCUUACCAUGUCAUGAUUAGUAGGGCUAUCAACUGCUUCACCUCCAUGUCAUCGUUUCCAAUCCCACCUCUCGUUAUUAUUUUUAUCAUCUGUUCCUAACUAUUUGACUUAGUCAGUAUCAUAUAGGAUGUAAAUCUUGUCGUUUCAGUUUGAUGAUUGAUUUAGGGUAUGGCUCUCAGUAUCAUCACCUACAACAUCACAAGUGUUCCUAACAAAUGUUUAAUUUAUUUUUUCAAUAUUCUCAAGUUUGAUUGACCUUUGAAUUGGUCCUAAAACUUAAUGCUUGACAAAGA